CCGCGCGCGAGCGCAGCCGCGCAAUUAACAUGUGUGAUCAUCCCGCGAAACUAGAUUUAUCGACGACGACCUCAACAAAAAACACUGAAUUUCUUUGAAAAUUUACAGUCGUUCUGUCAGAUCAAAGUUCAGCGAAGUCAGCAGCAGCACAAGACAAGUGAAUUCGCAUUAUAGGUUACAAGUACGGGCCCAAUUAUCUUUCUCGUGGUACCACGGUAGGCUCUGAAACCAAGCCUUAAGAUGGGAAAGAAGCAGAGGAAACCUGAAGAUGGUCCUGAACCAGCAGAUGAUGCUGCAGAUAAACAGAAUGAAGGAGAUAGUGAUGAAGGGGAAGAGGAAGAGGAAGUUUACCAAGUAGAGAAGGUGGUUGACAAGAGGACUCACAAAGGAAAAGUAGAGUAUCUCCUCAAGUGGAAAGGCUAUGGAGACAAUGAAAAUACUUGGGAACCUGAAGACAAUCUGGAGUGUCCUGAUUUAAUUGAGGCAUAUGAAAAGAAAAUAAAAGAAAAGGAGGCCCAAAAAAGAAAAUCAACAUCCGUCAAUGGGGCAGCAGGAGAUGUUGCAGCAAAGAAAAAGAGAAAAGAAGAUGAAAAGAAAGAUGCAUCAGGUCCUUCAAAAGAAAGCAAGCAGGCUAAACAUGAUGAGAAGAAGUACAGAGGAUUUGACAGAGGAUUGGAUCCAGAGAGAAUCAUUGGUGCCACAGAAGCCAACAAUGAGCUUCUGUUCCUUAUGAAGUGGAAACACAACAAUGAAGCUGACCUGGUACGAGCAAAGGAAGCCAACCACAAGUGCCCACAGACUGUCAUCCAGUUUUAUGAAGAGCGUUUGACAUGGCACAGUGAUGAUGAUGAGGUGGACAAGAGAUAAAGAGCACAAUCCUAGGGUGGCUCAUUUCUUUAUGUAUACAUCGUUUGUAUGUCCCAUUUUUGUCAUCGAUGGUUAAGCCUUAGUAGGCAUGAGUUAUGGAUACAGGGAAACCUCAAAGACUUGUGAUUGAUGCAAACCUCUUUAACUUCCCUUGUCAUAUACUCUAGAUAUGAUAUAUUAUUCACAGUUAUUACCCUUUUUGACUUAGGGAGAAAAAAACUUGAUUUGAAUUGAAUAUCUUUGACAAAGCAUAGUUGUGAGAUUUCUUGUGGUCUGCACAGUAUGUACACAACCUGGUCUCUGUGACAGGAUGUCAUUGCCUCAGGCAUUAUUGUUAAGUGGAGAAAACUUUUUUAUCAUAAGCAUCAUCAAGGCAAGAUCUAUCUUUACAGCUAUUUUUAAUGAAAAUAUCUGGUAAAGUAAGAUAUGAUGUUGGAUUAUUUUUUUUACAAAUGUGACAAUGCCUUGUCAUAAUGAUAAUGCACAUGAGAUUUUUUUUCUCUGUAGGCAGCUUGUUACCUUAUAACACAAAAUUGACCAAUAGCAAAAUGAUAUCUCCUUUGAAUGAUCAUGUACUUGUUUUAAGUUGCUUGUUUCGUUUGUGAUAUUUCUCUUGAAAUACCAUAUUGUUUCAUUUGUCUGCUGUUAGCCAGAGUGAUGUCUUGUCCCAUAAUUGAGAAAAUGUUUGUAGGAAACUGUUUUAUUGCUGUGCCUUCCUUUUGGCAAAUAUUAAUAUAGAUAAGACUGAUGUUGAGGUUUGCUUGUCAUGGAGGUUUCCCUGUAUUAAUUGUAUAUAUGAAACUCUCUCUUCUUCAUCUUUUCUUCUAUCUCUCUCACUCUCUCUCUCUCCCACCAUUUUCUACAGAAUCUUAAAUGGGAACUCUGCUCUGAUGUCAGGUUGGUUUAGAAUAAGAGAAAUGUAUUGAUGAAAAUUUGCUGAAAAUCUGUCAGAGAAAGGCACAGUUGUGGAUUUUUAGAAAGAGGUGUUAUGGAUAAUAAGUCACAAUUCCUUAAUUUAAUAUUUUAAUGUGUUGCUGUAGGGCCCUUCCACACGCGUAAACUGCUUUCAGGGGACCGUUUCAUGGAAGUUGUUGGCACUAAAAUGUCUUUCUCCGACAGUAACCAUAGUAAAAGUCAGAGACCAGAGCCUCUUGGCCAAUCAAAACCAAGGAUUUCACAGAUAUAGUCAGCACUGACAAUUUAGUCAGUGCUGACAACUUUCAUUAAACACCCACCUGAUUGCUUGGUUCAUUAUUCUACAUAUAUUUGUGAUUGCUAAUGAUUUUGAUUUUCAAUGAUGCCAAAUAAGUUCAGUUCUAUUCAAUUCAUUGAUUCACCCAUAUUUUGUGUGAUAUGAAUUCUGUAACAUGCAAAUUUUCUCCCUAAUAAUGAACAUGAUUUACCUUUGAAUUCAGAGUAAAUAUCCAGAUGCUUAGUUAAAAUUCAUAUCCAUAUUCAGCAUAUGAGCCAUUGUAAAAUGACAAUGGAAUUUAUAUUACAUGAUGUAUGAAGAAGCUGCUUGGACAUUAAAUCACAAAAUCAAAGCUUAAAAAUUCUUAUUCGUGAUAUUUUGAUAGAUUUUCACCAAAUAUAGUAUUGUUUCCCUCAUUUUUCUGCUUUCAUUAAAACCAGUUUGAUGUCAGGGCAGUCUGUCCCUUUAAUUCUGGAUUAUCAUGAUAUAGAAAAUAUAUUACUCUCCUUUAUAUAUUGGAGGUAGUCAAGUCUUGAUUUGCAUCAUUGUGCAUGUGUGCUUGAUGCAAGGAUUUUAUGAAUGUAUCCAGUGAUCAUAUACACUAUUGCUUUACACUUUGAAAGUUCCUUUUCUUUUCCACAUUUGGAGAAAUGAACUGCCUCUGUAUGCUUCUCUCUUCCCGAGUAUCAUUUGUUUAUUUCUUUUUCAUUGUAAAGGUUUCUCUAUUCGUUGACGUAUUGUGUUAUCGUAUUUGCAACUAUUACUGUAUGUUAUUCACUGUAUGUUUUUACUACACUCUGCAUAGUGUCUGAGUUUCAAUGGAAGAAAGAUUUUUGCCAAUUGCUAUUAUCACUCUAGUUUAGUAUGCACUGCAUAUCAAAAUACAAAAGUUGAUAGACCUCAAUACAUUCCACAAAAACACUCACCUUUUUUUAUUUGUAGGGUUGUUUGGUCGCUAUUUUGUUGAAGCAUCGAUUAUUGCUUUAAAAGCUUUUGAAAAGUUGCUGUAUAUAUAUCAUGUCCAAGAAAUGGAAGAUGGAUUUAGUAUUUCACCCAUGUAUGCCAAACUGGAACUGUUCAAGGCAAAAAGCACCUUCAGCCAGAGGAGAACAUUUUCUGUAGACUUGAUAUGGUCUGUGUAUAAGGAGCAUGGUGAUUGCUAUGUUUAACUUGAUCUCAUAAAAUUACAUCUCAAUGUAUCAUAAGAACAAAAAUAUGUGCAGUGGUAUGUAUCAAUGAUUUCCUUAUAAUAUUUUCAUUAGUAAGACUCCCAGACUAACUUGAAAGAUUACAAUAGUUAGUGUAUCUGAUGAUUUUGUAUUAUGUUGUAUAAACUUUCUGUCAGAUAUUGCAGAAUAAUCAAAGCUAGUCGAAGAUUAAACGUAUCAAAUUGCCAACUUUUUCUAAUCGUGUCAUGAAUUCAAUCCCCAAAGUCUUCUAAACAUGAACUGCAUGUGUAUGUCGACAAUAAGUCUCUAACUACCAGUAGUUAGGGUAUAAGUU